AUGUUUUCCCAACUGUCGCAUUUCCAGAAGCAAGAUGUCUUCGAGAACCCGAACGCUUCUAUUCUUCAUCCGAUUGAGUCCACGAGCACAUUACCUCAGGUAAACUACUACGCUUCCCCGCCUGCCGUUCGAUUCAUCAACGUCAACGACCCAGCCCAAUUUUUGAUUUACACAGAUGGUUCCUGUUUAGACAAUGUUGGCCCCACCUCAAGGGCUGGAUGUGCCAUUGUUUAUGGGGAACACGGGGAACACUUCACAGGCUGCAAUGGUUUCGCACAGAGUCCUUCAUUCGAAUUUCGACUAGGGACCCGCGGCCAGUCGGGUGUAUUAUACCCCCAGACAAGCAACCGCGCAGAGCUCCGAGCCGUCAUUGCAGCUCUUCGUUACCGCGAAUGGACCUUUGAGGGAUUCAACAGUCUGGUCAUCGCGACGGAUUCUUCCUACGUUGUCAAUGGAAUUACAUCAGGGAUUUCUGAGUGGCAGGAGAAUGGCUGGAGGACAAGUGCUGGACACCCAGUUCUGAACCGAGACCUCUGGCAGUUUCUCCUUUCCGAAUUGAAGAAUUGGGGUGAGGACGGGCUGUCGGUUGAAUUCUGGUGA